CUCAAGGUAAAAAGAAGAAGAUUCGUCUUUGGGAAAACUGCCAAGGAAGACGAGAGCUGCAUUUAAAUUGUAAAGAAUAAGCCAGGUCCGGAGGGCCUCCCAUGGACGCGAUGAUCCACCGGUGCCCUUUCCUCACCGUCGGGAAGUCCUCUCUGCUGAGCUAUGCCCAGAAGUGCCCCGUGAUGAUGGACCUGGCCUCCAUGCCUCUGGUCAGAACUCUGACCUCCUCCUCCUCGGCUUCUGCGUCCAAAGAUCCAAAGCCUGAAGACCAGUUUUCCCCGGGUCUUGUCACGCCACCUGCUGGCUCCAAGUGCCCGUUCCUGGCUGCGGAAAUGGAGCAGAGGAACUACCGGGAGGUGAGAGAGGCCGGCGUGGAGCUGCAGGAGGACGUCCAGGAAAUGCACUCAGGGAAGAAAGCCGUGGGUGUAUCCGUCGAGGGCCCGAUCGGGGCCCACGCGGGGGCACCAGAGGGCCGUUUCAGACCCGUGUCUCACCUGCUCAAGGACCAUCUGCCCGAGGUCGUCACCUUCCAGUACGACGAGUACUUUGAGAAGAGGAUCGAGAGCAAGAAGGCGGAUCACACGUACCGGGUCUUCAAGACGGUGAACCGCCGCGCCUCCUCGUUCCCCAUGGCCGACGACUACUCGCAGUCGCUCCGCUCGAAGCGCGACGUGUCCGUGUGGUGCAGCAACGACUACCUCGGCAUGAGCCGCCACCCCAGGGUCACCCAGACCAUCAUGGAGACUUUGCAAAAGCACGGUGCCGGCGCCGGAGGCACACGGAAUAUUUCAGGGACGAGCAAAUUCCACGUGGAACUUGAGCACGAGCUCGCGGACCUGCACGACAAGGACGCCGCGCUGCUGUUCACUUCCUGCUUCGUAGCCAACGACUCCACGUUGUUCACUCUGGCGAAGAUACUGCCAGGUUGUGAAAUCUACUCUGACGCCGGCAACCACGCCUCAAUGAUCCAGGGAAUAAGAAACAGCGGGGUCAAGAAGUUUGUCUUCCGUCACAAUGACGUCGACCACCUGCGUCAGCUGCUCGAGAGGUCGGAGCCCUCCGCUCCGAAGAUCGUUGCCUUUGAGACGGUGCAUUCAAUGGACGGGGCCGUGUGCCCGCUGGAGGAGAUGUGCGACGUCGCCCACGAGUUCGGCGCCAUCACCUUCGUGGACGAGGUCCACGCCGUGGGCUUGUACGGGCCCAGAGGAGGAGGCAUCGGGGACCGAGACCGAGUCAUGCACAAGAUGGACAUCAUCUCUGGAACCCUCGGCAAGGCGUUUGGCUGCAUGGGCGGCUACAUCGCCAGCACCGCCGCCCUGGUGGACACGGUGCGCUCCGACGCCGCCGGCUUCAUCUUCACCACCUCCCUGCCCCCCAUGCUGCUGGCGGGGGCCACGGAGUCCGUCAAGGUCCUGAAGAGCGAGGAGGGCCGAGUGCUCAGGAGGACCCACCAGAGGAGCGUCAAGCUCCUCCGGCGGAUGCUGAUGGACGCCGGCCUUCCGGUGGUCCACUGCCCGAGCCACAUCAUCCCCGUCCGGGUGGCGGACGCGGAGAAGAACACGGAGAUCUGCGACAUCAUGAUGUCUCGUUACAACAUCUACGUCCAGGCAAUCAACUACCCCACCGUGGCGAAGGGGGAGGAGCUGCUGCGCAUCGCGCCCACGCCGCACCACACUCCCCAGAUGAUGUUCUUCUUCGUUGAGAUUGUUGGACCCUCUCUGCUCCGCCUCCGCAGACCGGCUGGUGAAGACGUGGAAGGAGGUGGGGAUGGAGCUGAGGCCGCGCUCCUCGGCGGAGUGCGACUUGUGCCGGCAGCCCCUCCACCUGGAGCUGAUGAGCGAGAGGGAGAGGUCGUACUUCACCGGCCUCAGUCACGUGAUCUCCGCCGUGGCCUGAACACCGAGAUCCCAGCCGGGCCUCCACCUCAAGCUCUAUUUAUUGUCAUCACAUUAAAAAAAAGUCCUGUGGCACCAAAUAUAUGUGUGGGGUAAGUGUUGAUUGAGGUGUGUGUGUGUGUGUGUGUGUGUGUGUGUGUGUGUGUGUGUGUGUGUGUGUGUGUGUGUGUGUGUGUGUGUGUGUGUGUGUGUGUGUGUGUG